GCUUGUGACAGAUACGCGGCUAUAUAAGUGAUAAAUUCAAAAGCAGACUGCAGAUCUAAUGCGUUAUUUGAGGAGGCUUGAAAACCCUUGUUUCGUUUUAGUAAACGUUUAUCGUCGGAGUGAACAGUUGUAGACACGAACCAUGAUCUUACGAUUCGCAAUCUUCGUCGCUUUCUUGAUCCUAACGAUCGAGGCGAAAAAGUAUGAACGGUUCUCCGAAGAUGAACAAUGGCAGGAGUUUGAAGAAUAUUUAAAGUGGAAAAAAGCGAAGGAAAUGCGCGAAAAUCAUCAUGAUAUGUACAAAUCGUCCGAAAAGGAGAAACAAUCUCCGCCACCUAUCGAUCAGGCAGUUUUAAUGGCAAGAUACAUUGUUAAUCAAGCUGAUUGGGUGUCCGUGGCGACAUUCAGCAUAAGAAAGGAUAUCGAAUCAUUUCCAGCUGCAAAUUUAAUUUCCUAUGCCGAUGGACUUUUAGGAAAUGGAUCAGGAGUACCAUAUCUUUACCUUACACCCUUAGAUUUUACAGCUCAAGAUCUUGCAAAAGAUAGUCGAGCCUCGUUAUUAAUGACAUUAGCCCAAGGCGACUAUUGUAAAAACAAAAAGUGGGAUCCUAUGGACCCGCGAUGUGCUAGAAUUCUUUUAUCCGGCAAGAUCGUACCUUUGGAAAAAGAUGAAAAAACGGAAAUUGAAUUUGCAAAAAAAGUAUUUUUCACGCGUCAUCCAGGAUUAGUUAACAUGCCAGCAAAUCAUCAUUUCUAUUUCGCAAAAUUGAGGAUAUUUGCAAUUGUUGUAUUAGAUACAUUCGGCGGUCCAAAAUACCUCUCUAUAAAAGAUUAUUUACAUCCACCAGCAACAAAUAUUACUGAAGAAUUUAACAAACGUUUUCCUUUAGAAUUAUACGAAGAUAAAUCUCAACAGGAACAUAGUCCAAUUUCCAUGUUUCAUCCUGUGAUACGUGUGUGAAUUAGCAGAAUAUUAUAAAUGUAAAACUUUCAAAAAUUUUAUACAACUUUCAAUGUUUGAUAGCACAAAAUUUUCAUGCUGUUACUAAUUUAUAUUGAAAUUGUAAAUGAAUAUGGAUAUAAUAAAUAAUAGAUAUAAUAAAUUAAAAUU